UCCCUUGAUUGUCACUCAGCUUGUUUUAGUACCUUCCAUCGCCAUAGCUUGUGCUAACCGAUAGUUCAACUUUAUUUGGGAGAACCAGCAUACGUGAUCAGAACUCAUAGCAUUGCUGAGUUUUUUACACUUAUCCGAUAGUUCAAGUUAUUCGGGAGAACUAGCAUACGUGAUCACAACCAUUUUUCCACGAUGACGGUAGCGAACUUCAGUCUUGUGUGCUCUCUCCUGGAGGCAAGUAUCUAGGUACGCUUGGAUAUCUAAAGGAGAUCACGGGAACGUGUAGCUUGGCGAGUUUAGGGAAGAAGCUGCAAAUCCACCAUAGCUGCUCCAUUGUGGACGUCCUCACAGGCGUGCAGCUAUUACUACGCUCCGUAUGGCGUUAAGUGGUGGCCAUGGCACGCUACAACAGAUUGGACGACGUGUAGCUAUUGUCGUAUUGCGGCCGCUUUCGAUAGCUCUACUGUCCAGACAUAUUUCCCACGACGCAGCCAAAUCAGCAAGCCAUCGAUCUCCUGUUAACCAAAGCGAGCUUGUAAUGCCGUAUGGAUUGCGUCUACCAAGCAGUGACCAAGCCCUGACAGCUCCAGAAGAUCUGACGAACCACUCAACAGCGCUCCGACGAGACUUUCACAGUGGAAGGCGAACACUGACCAUGGUCACAGCUAGCGCUAACGGAAGAAAAGCGUUUCUCGUUGACACUCUCGCACUUGUGAGAAGGCUGGAGGCAGAAGGGUUGACAGCAAAGCAAUCUGAAGCUAUUACACAUCUCAUCACAGAAGUUCUCCACGAGAGCCUUGAUACAGCCGCGCAUACCUUCGUCUCGAAACCGGAAAUGCAAAAGUCGGAGAUGGUGGCGGAGGCAGCCAUGGCCAAAGUCAAGACAGAAAUCCAGAGUCUCCAGGAUUUGAAGUUUGCUGGACUGACUCGGGAGGUUGAAGGGCUCAAGACGGAUUUGGACAAAGUGAAGAAUGAGAUUCGAUACGAGGUGGAUAAGGUGACAGCAGGACAACGUCUUGAUUUGAACUUGGAGAGAGGGAGAAUCAAGGAAGAGAUCACAGCUCAGACACAGGAGCUCAGCAGCUUGUCCAACAAGAUGGAUAGGGAGGUAAACACACUGAAGGCAGAAUUAGAAGGCGCCAAGUUUGAAAUCAUCAGAUAUUGCAUAGGUACUCUUGUUUCCGUCAGUGCUAUUGGGCUUGGUAUUCUUCGCUUGGUCCUAUAAGACUGUUGACCAUCAGACACCAGUCGACAGCUGAUGCUUCACUUAUUGAUGGAACACUGGCUGAAUGGAUGCUGUCUCAAUAACAACAUAUGCUCUUCGGCUCAUCCAAGUGUCGGUAGUUACUCCAUUAUAUUAAUUUCUUUUCUUAUUCUCGAUUGUUAAUAUACUCGUUGAUGCAUCUCGUUGAAGUGGU